AUAUUGCAACAAAAAAAAUAAAAAAAAAAAUAAAAAAAUUCAAUUGGUCUCAAUUGAAAGCUCGAAUUCAUUUCAUCGGCCAUCAAAUAGAUAUAUUUCUAAAAACGCAAAAACAGAGGGACGUGUUUAUUCAUUCUUCUUUGGGCAAAAUAAAGCGAACAAAUAUUUAUGUUAUUUACGUUAUGGCUGAUGGGGUUAUUAUUAAUGAGGAGCCCAUAAAUUUUUGCAAUCGAAAGCAAAAAACUCAUACCUAUCCCUUAGUUCAAGUGCAUAACAAUUCAAUUAGUUACACUUCAAGGUCUUUGGCAGCUACGCAGCAUCAAAAUCAAUGCAAUGAUUACCAACGUUAUAACGGUAUAGGUUCUAGUAAAUCUAAAUUGGGUUUAGGCGUGAACGCGCAAACCGGUCGUUUGCAAUGGUGCCCGGGCUUAACAUGUUGUAAAAUUUUAAUUGUACUUCCAGUAAUAAUGUUACCCAUAACUUUAGUACUCGUACUAUUAAUGCGUAUGGAUGGCAUGCUGUUGGCGUUACAGUUGCGUCAGCAAAAAAAAUUUCAACAGAAAUUAAAUCAAGAACCCAUCUUUCUCGACGACUAUGACAAUUUAGUCGACAGUGAUACACUGCAGGAUAUACUCGACGAAGAGUUAUUAAUAUCUUCGGAGAGGGAGAGAUUGGAAGAACUUGAACGUAUAAGACGUUGCAUAUCAUUUAAAUUUGGCCUAAGUGAAACAAUUGAUGUCGAAGAUCGUGAUAUAAUGAGAGAUGCUCGCACUUCGUUCUUGCCGCGCGAUACCACUGCAAUUCCGCGUGAAUGUUUGGAGAACUUAAGUAACAGUGAUCAAUUUUACGCACCCGAAUUUUUUGAUAUAAAUGAAUUUCUACAAAGCUACGCACGCAAACGUUUAAGACGCGAUAGAACUUCCCAAAGUGAUACGGACAGUGUUACCGAAGUUACAAACGAUUCAAGUUUACAUGAAGAGGAUAUACCUUAUAUUGAGUCCAUGUCAUCAUUGCAAUCGUUUUGGAACGAACAAGGCACUAAAGAAAGCAUUCGCGAAGCUCAAGCUCGUACUAUGUUGAAAUAUAUGGAUACAGAAAUAGAGCCAUGCCAGGAUUUUUACAAGUAUGCGUGUGGUAAUUGGGAGAAACAUCAUCCAAUACCGAAAGAUAAAGCAGGUUUCGAUACAUUUGAAAUGUUACGCGAGAAUUUGGAUGUGGUUUUGAAGGAGCUGUUAGAACAAAGGCCCCAUGACGAGCCACGAGCACAUUUAAAAAAAAUCACACAUAUUGGGGGUAACAAUUAUGAACCCGAUGACGAUAUCGAAGCCGAUAUUGUAAAAAGUGUAAAUUCUGAUCUUAACGAUGAGCUUAAAAAGCAGAAAGUACGUCGACAUAUUGUUGGAAAGCGAGCAAUACUUAGCCGCAUCUUAUUGAGAUAUCGACGUCACAAUUUAAGACUUGCCACUGAGACAACCGGCACAAGAAGGAAACGCGUGGAAACGUCUAUAGAUAGCGAAGCAAGCACGAGCCCGCAAGCAGGUCAAGUGAAAACUAUUUCGCAUACUAUACCUCAUCAUAAACAUCAUGUACCGGUCAAAUCUGGUAGCCAUCACAAAGUGUAUAGCAGUGAAAAAAAAACCGAUGCCCAAGCCAAGGCUAGGAAUUUAUAUCAAUCCUGUACUAAUAUUAAAUUGCUAGAGAAGAGAGGUAUACAACCGCUAAUCGAACUUAUCCACAAUUUAGGCGGUUGGCCGGUUUUAGAUGCUAAUUGGAAUAGUCAGCAAUUCGAUUGGUUAAAUCUCACUGCCCAACUGAGACGUUAUAACAAUGAUAUUCUCAUAGUUCAAUGGGUAGGUCCGGAUAUCAAAAAUUCCGAUGAAAACAUAAUACAAUUCGAUCAGACCAAUUUGGGUUUACCUACUCGUGAAUAUUACUUGCAAAAUGUAAAUGCGAAAUAUUUACAUGCCUAUCAACGUUUCACGUGCGAUGUUAUGCAUAAAUUGGGUGCACCGAAGGUAGUGGCUUUAAAAGCAGCUGCCGAUUUAAUUGAUUUCGAAACGCGUUUGGCAUCCAUUACAGCACCUGCGGAAAAACGCUUAAAUGUCACAAAAUUAUAUAAACGCAUGACACUGAGUGAAUUGCGUGGUAUUGUACCUGAAAUAGAUUGGCUGCGUUACCUAAACAUUUUACAAGAUCGUAAUGUCAAUGAACAAGAACAAAUUGUUAUCUACGCUAUCGAUUAUAUGAAGGAUUUGGUUAACUUGUUAAGAGAAACGGAAUCAAUGACCAUAGCCAAUUAUCUAAUGUGGCGUUUUAUACGGCAUCGCAUUAACAAUGUGGAUGAUCGGUUCGAUGAUACGAAACAAACAUUCUAUCAUGCUUUAUUCGGACGCGAGGAAUCACCAUCACGCUGGAAAGUAUGUAUAUCUCAAGUGAAUACUAACAUGGGCAUGGCGUUGGGUUCAAUGUUUGUGCGCAAAUAUUUCGAUGAGAAUAGUAAAAAGGAUACCUUGAAAAUGACGCAUGAGCUGCAACAAGCCUUUCGCGAGAUAUUGAAAACGACAGAUUGGUUAGAUGGCAACACAAAAUAUUUAGCCGAAUUAAAAGUUAAUGCCAUGUCAUUGAAAAUCGGUUAUCCUGAUUUUAUUUUAAAUCCAGAUGACUUAAAUGAAAAAUACGCUGGCAUCGAAAUUGAUGCAGAUAAGUAUUUUGAAAAUACAAUCAAUGUUUUAUUGCAUACCACGAAAACUGAGCAAAGCAAAUUAAAUGAACCGGUCAAUAAAACGACUUGGCAAACAGCACCGGCCAUUGUAAAUGCAUAUUAUAGUCGCAAUAAAAAUCAGAUAAUGUUUCCGGCUGGAAUUUUGCAGCCACCUUUUUAUCAUCGUCAUUUCCCCAGAUCGUUGAAUUUCGGUGGCAUUGGUGUCGUUAUAGGCCAUGAGUUAACCCAUGGCUUCGAUGACAAAGGGCGUUUAUUUGAUCGUAAUGGCAGCAUUCACAAAUGGUGGUCAGAUUCGGCGAUACGUGGAUUCGAUGAGAGGGCGCGAUGUAUUAUAGCCCAAUAUGGCAAUUACACGGUCGGUGAAGUGGGUAUAGCUCUUAACGGUGAAAGCACUCAAGGUGAGAAUAUAGCCGAUAAUGGGGGAAUACGUCAAGCAUUUCAUGCCUACAAAAAUUGGUUAGAUGCAAAUCCAGACGCAAUUGGCGAUGAACGUUUACCCGGUCUUAACAUGACGGGACCUCAAUUGUUCUUCCUCAAUUUCGGUCAAGUUUGGUGUGGCGCAAUGCGUCCUGAAGCGGUACGCAAUAAACUAAACACAGCCAUUCAUAGUCCGGGCAGGUUUCGUGUCAUCGGUACCGUAUCGAAUUCCGAGGAUUUUUCUAGAGAAUUUUCAUGUCGCGUUGGCUCACCCAUGAAUCCAAUACAUAAAUGCAGCGUUUGGUAAAUCAAAUAGAAAAAAAAACUAAAUCAUACUAUACCUGAUAAUAAUAAUAAGAAGAAGAAGAAGAAGAAGAGCUAUGAUAAAGGACUAUAAAUGAAGAAUCGUUUAAACUGCAACGACAUUCAUUUAAUUGACUAUUUAUUAUAACAUAACAACUAUUUCAAUUACGCUACUCUUGUUGUUCCAUUGAUAUUAAUAUUGCGCUACUACGCAACAACAACUAUCACAACUACAACAGUCGACGGGAAAGUAUAAAACACUGUCCGGUAUAAGCCAUUUUAAAUGCAACUUUAGUAUUAUAAGAAUCGCCAGAGGAUGUCUACCUAUGCAGUAUCGUCUCAAACAUCCCAAAGUUAAAUUUAUUUUUUACAAAUUUUUUUUUUUUUUUUAAUUUUAAAAAUUAUA